GUGUUUGAGUUGCAGGGCAACCUUUGACUUCAGUGCUGAAGGAGUGUACAGCCUUGCAUCCCAUCACCCUUGCUGGAAUUGCACCGACUUUGGGUGCAGUGGCCUCCGGUGAUUCGCUGAGACUUGUAGGACAAACAAGUGACUCACGUUGAUGUGCUUGCUCCAGACAGGAGAAACCUGUAAUUUCUCCUGGGCAAGCCUGAUGGAUGCACAGUGGUGAAUCACAGUUUCCACACCGGGGCGGCUGUCAGACAGGCUGCUCACAGCAACUGGCAGGUUCACACAUCCCUUCCGAGGAUGGAGAAGUGGGGUUCCACCCCUGUGGGGACUGAGAGCUGACAGGGUGGACGCACGUGAUGGUGGUCCAGGAUGUGGGGUGCUCAGCACCCACCUUCCCACAGGGUGAUUCUCCAUCUCUGGGGUACUAGACCUGCUUCCUGACGCAGCUAAAACUCUAAAGUGUGAAAAUGAAGGUCCAAGUCACCAUGAUUUGCUGUUACGUGUUUUUUCUGACCACAGAAUGUUCCCACUAUAGACCCAAGAGUCACAUCAAAGUUGGAGAGAAACCUCAAAGCCCCACAGGGAAACCCAGGACUGGACAGAUAGAAGAGAAAUGCCAAGGACCGUGCAAUACUUCCUCCAACUGCAGCCUGCCCUGUGCUAAGCCCUUCCAUGGAGAAAUUGGAUAUAUAUGUCACCAAAAAAUGUGGCAAAAGUCAACGGAGACAUGCACAAGCCUUUCGCUGGAGACACUUUUCAAGGAGGACUCAAACGCUGCUUCACGCCUUUCAUUAGCAUCGGUCUCCAUCCCUCUACACAUUCUUGACCUCCCAGCUCCAAAGCCCGUGGAGAGUGUCACUCAAGGGAUCCGUAAGAACUGUCCCCUUGACUUUGCCUGCAUAAUCAAUCCCGUGAAGUCAUCCGAAGCCACAUCCGGAAAUAUUGCCUUUGUAGUAGAGUUAUUAAGAAAUAUUUCCACACAACUGUCUGAUGAAGUGACUCGAGAGAAAAUGAAGAGCUACAGUACAGUGGCCAACCACAUCCUCAGUCCAGCUGCUCUUUCCAAUUGGACUUUUGUUCCUGACAAGAAAGCGAGCUCAGAUUUAUUACACUCAGUGAAUUCCUUUGCCAGGGAACUCGGCAUCCACGAUCAGUCUGAGACCAUUGUGGACGAGCUCUUCAUUCAGACCAAAGGCUUUCACAUCCAUCACAAUGCCUCAGGGAAAUGUUUGAAUUUCUCCAUGAGCAUGAAUAAUGGCACAGAAGGCAUCUCAGGAACAGUAGAAAUUCCCCAGCAGGAGAUUCAGAAACUACCAAGUUCAUCCCAAGCCAUCGGUAUAGCGUUCCCCACAUUGGGAGCCAUUCUGAAAGAGACCCAUGUACCAGAUGGGGGCCUGUCCAGAACCCCCAAUGGUCUGGUUCUGUCAGUUGUGUUGCCAGAAAGGCUGAGAGAAAUCCUACUCACUUUUGAGAAAAUCAAUAAAUCCCAGAAUGCCAAAGCACAGUGUGUGGGCUGGCACUCCAGGAAGAGUGCUUGGGAUAAGACAGCAUGCAAAACCAUGUUGGAUGCUGGGAGUGCGGUGCAAUGCCGCUGUAACUGCACCAGCAUGAUAAAGUCUUUUUCCAUCCUGAUGUCCCCACAGUUGGUGGGGGACAAAGUCCUGGACUACAUCACUUGCAUAGGGCUCAGCAUCUCCAUCCUCAGCUUGGUUUUCUGCCUGAUCAUUGAAGCCACAGUUUGGCCCCGUGUGGCUGUGACAGAGAUGUCACACAUGCGGCAUGUGUGCCUCGUGAACAUAGCCGUGUGUCUCUUGGCCGCUAAUGUGUGGUUCAUCACUGGCUCCAACUUCAAUGUCAAGGCCAAGAGUUACAACUGGUGUGUCGUGGUGACGUUCUUCAGCCACUUUUUCUACCUCUCUCUGUUCUUCUGGAUGCUCUUUAAGGCACUGCUCAUCCUCUAUGGAAUCCUGGUGGUUUUCCGGAGAAUGAUGAAGUCCCGCAUGAUAGCCAUUGGCUUUGCUGUUGGCUAUGGAUGCCCCUUGGUCAUAGCUGCCACCACAGUAGCUAUCACAGAGCCAGAGAAAAGCUAUGUGAGACAGGACGUGUGCUGGCUGAACUGGGACGUGAGCAAAGCCCUGCUUGCGUUCGCCAUCCCAGCCUUGGUCAUCGUGACUGUGAACCUCGCUGUGGUCUUCGUUGUUGCUUGCAACACACAGAGGCCUUCUAUCGGCAGUUCCAGCUCUCAGGAUAUGGCCAUCAUCAUGAGGAUCAGCAAAAACGUUGUAAUCCUCACCCCACUUCUGGGACUCACCUGGGGGUUUGGAAUAGCCACUCUCAUCGAAGGCACAUCUGUGAUUUUCCACAUCAUCUUUGCUCUCCUCAAUGCUUUCCAGGGUUUCUUCAUCUUGCUGUUUGGAACCAUCAUGGACCACAAGAUAAGACACGCCUUGAGGAUGCGGGUGUGUUCACUGAAGGGGAGCUCCGGGCAGCAGAGAAUGCGCCAUUAAAUUUAACCAAUGGAUCUCAGUUAAUGAAUCAUUGAAGACAAAAUAUGUCUGUUCUCCGAGGCCUGCAUCCUGAGAGACAGGCGAGCUCCAGGAGAAGUGGCCUGUGAAAGGAAGGCUGGAACAAAAGCAAGGUGACUGCCCUGCUUCCAUGGAGGGCAUCUUCCUCGUUCUGCUGGAAGUGACACCUCAGAACACACACAGGGAGGAUGACAUCUGAGUGCCAGGCAUAGCAAGACUGCUCUGCUGACCUGUGAACUUUCCUGGAACUGCAGAGGACUGGAUCCUGUCACCUCAUCAAGAUCACGAAUAGACCUACACAGCCUGCUGAGGCCUCCAUGGAAGCUGGGUCUCUUUCACUCUCAAGGCUGCUAUGGCUCCGUGGUUCCCUCAUCCCUCCCUCUGCAUGCAUCCUGGUACUUGGGGACAGGUUACGUCCAAUUUCCAGGGGUAGGGGUGGAGGAUGGGUCAGCUAGAGGAUGCCCCCAAAUAGAUUCAGAAAAUGUUUGUGAAUCUAUUUGGGGGCAGUUUAUUCAUGGUAGGUUUCCUAACAACAGGAAACAGAAGGUAACAGAACUAGCCUAAGUAUUUAUUAUUUUAUUCUAUUUUAGAUCUUGGGUAAAAUAAUUUAUCUUCUAGGAUCUUAGUUUCCUUGUUUGUGCAACAGGUGAAAUAUUCUUGCAGGUGUAACUAUUUGUGUGUACCUGUAUGCACACAAGCACGCAUACACGUGUCUGUCUUUUUAAACCACUAUAUAUAGAAUUGUAUUUUAGAGAUAAAAAUGAAUAAAUUUAUCUUUCACAA